AUGCUCGAGUUUGCGCUGCUCAAGACGACAGGCUCGCUUGCCCCACGUCUGGGCCGGCUGUCGUUUCCAGGGCGAAAGAGCAUCUUGACGCCCGGGUUUAUUGGCAAUACAUCGCGGGGCGUGAUUCCGCAUAUUUCCCAGGACAACUUUGGGAAGAGCGUCGAUCUUGGUGGGGUAUACGUCGCGUUGGAGGACUUUGUUGAGAAACUUCCUCAGAAAACUCCGCCGAUUUUCAAGUAUGAGGUUUCCGAGCCGCUGCGCAGAUUUAUCGCCCUUCCGCAGGAUACGCUGCUUGUUCUCGGCGCGCGACGCAAUCCGCCUAUACCGAGCCCUCAUGCCAACUCCAAUAGCGAGGUAGGCUUGUUGACGUCUGUUGGCUUUACGGCUCUCAGUUCGGAGUAUUAUGCUGGCGCUGCGAGGAAACUGCAACCGGACAUUGUCGUGGGCUUGGCCGACAUACCGUUCGGUCAGGCAGUGGUGGGCACCAAGCGGAAAGACAAGAUGAGCGACCGAACUGAGACAUGGCUGCGGGACCUAGUGGUGAAGCAGGGCACAUUGGAAAAGGGCGAGAAAGCAUGGAGCAUCUUCGCGCCCAUACUGCCUAUCGAACGCGAGCUGCAGACAUGGUAUCUCGAGCACUUACUGGAUGACAUGGUGGACAAGAUCGGCGGCAUCGCUAUAUACGACGCAUACCUACUUGAUGAUCUCUCAGAAAAGCUACAUUGCCUCCCUCGAUUAUCUUUCCAUGCGCCAGUCAGCCCUCAGGACCUCCUCCGUCAGGUCAGCCUAGGCAUAGACGUCUUCACCGUGCCUUUCGUCAACGAUGCGACCGACGCGGGCAUUGUCCUAGACUUUACCUUCCCAACGCCUGCCAAAGACUCCACCUCUAGCACCCGUCGUUCCCUAGGCAUCGACAUGUGGAGCGGCGACCACGCGCAAUCCGUCACUCCACUGUCCGCAAAAUGCACCUGCUACGCAUGCACCAACCACCACCGCGCUUUCCUCCAGCACCUCCUGGCCGCCAAAGAGAUGCUCGGCUGGGUCCUCAUUCAAAUCCACAACCACGAGAUCCUCUCCGCCUUCUUCACCGGCGUUCGAUCCUCCAUCGAUGCCGGCACGUUCGACGCCGACGUCGCUGCUUUCGAAGCCUACUAUGAGCCCACGCUCCCCGAGAAGACUGGCCAAGGACCGCGAGUUAGAGGCUACCAGUUCAAGAGCGAGUCGCAUGCGAAGAGGGAGAAGAAGAACCCCAAGGCGUUUCAGAAGUUUAGCGAAGAGGAGAUUUUGAGGCUCAAGGCUGCUCAUGGGCAGCGGCCGAGUGAGAAGCCGGAGAUGAGGGACGUGAUUGAUGAUGAGGCACUGUUGGGACUGAUGAGCAUGCAUGGGGAGACGGUUGAUGCGGAUCUGGUUGCGCAGUUGGAUGGGCUGCAGUUGCAGGAUGAUAAGAAGGCUUGA